CAGAAGCUCUUAUUCUUUAUCUGCAGUGAGCAGCGUUUAUAUCUCUCAACCCUUCUUGCACAACAGCCGUGAGUCACCAUGCCUGUGGAUAUCAAUGAAUGGACAGGUUCUCUAGCGCUUACAGAGGUGGAGGAACCGCCAGCAAAGCCUCUCACUGUCAAAUAUGACUCUGUGGAGAUUGACUCGCUGGGGAAAGUGUGCACACCCACUCAGGUGCAGGAUCGGCCCACAUCUAUUGAAUGGGAAGGAUGUGACCCGAGUAAACUCUACACGCUGGCCAUGACUGAUCCAGACGCACCCAGCCGAAAAGACCCCAAAUUUCGGGAAUGGCAUCACUUCCUUGUGGUCAACGUGAAAGGAAAUGACAUCUCCAGUGGAUGCGUCAUGUCGGACUAUGUUGGCGCAGGACCCCCGAAGGGAACUGGUCUCCAUCGUUAUGUGUGGCUGGUUUAUGAGCAGUCGGGGGACAUCAGCUGCACUGAACGAGUCCUCACCAACCGCUCUGGAGACAACAGAGGAAAAUUCAAGAUCCAGAGCUUCCGCAAGAAAUACGGCCUCGGGGCUCCGCUCGCAGGCUCCUGCUUCCAGGCCGAGUGGGACAACUAUGUGCCCAAACUUUACGAACAGCUGGCUGGCAAAUAAGGACUGUUAAUUACAAUGUAUGUUAUCCCUUAAUCCAGUGUUUCUCAACCACGUUCAUGGAGGCCCACCAACACUGUAUGUUUUGGAUGUCUUCUUAAUCUGUCACACCCAUUACAGGUCUUUCAGUCUCUGCUAAUGAGCUGAUGAUCUGAAUCUGGUGCGUUUGGUUAAGGAGACAUGGAAAUGUGCAGAGCUGGUGGUCCUCCAGGAACGUGGUUGAGAAACACUGCUUUAGUCUGAAGAGCUCAACUCAAUACAGUUUCAGUAUUUUAAAGGGAUAGUUCACUCAAAACAGCUAAUUCUGUCAUUUAUUCUUCACUUGUUCCAAAUUAGUUUUGCUUUCUUUUGCUGUACACAAAAGAGGAUAUUUUGAAGAACGUUGGAAACCAUUGACUUCCAUAGUGUUUGUUUUUUCCUGCUUUGGAUGCCAGUGGUUAUCGGUUUCCAACAUUCAUCAAAAUAUCUUCUUUUGUGUUAAGCCAGAAACAAAGCUUUUGAAACAUCCUAGUGUGUGUACAUAUCCCUUGUGCGAACUAUCCCUUUAAGGAUUGUCACAAUACUGGAAUUCAGUACCAAUCGAUAAUGAAAUUUUAAAAACGUCCAUUUCCUGCUAACAUUUGAGCACAGAUUUGCCAUUGUGUUCACGUGCUCAACAAAAAUGACUGUGAUUGGCUGUGAAGGUCAUUAGUUCACCGAACUCACUGCUGUUUAUUGUGUAAACCCAGAGACAGGGACACUGGAGCGUUUCAAAGUCAUGUUGAUCAGCUGGUUUGUCUAUAAGCUCACAUACGAGCGAUCUGCUGAUGAAUUCGUAGCUUUAAAAUGCUCCUGUGUCCCUGUAUCUGUGGUUACACUUAGUAAACAGCAGUGAGUUCACUGAACUGAUGACCAUCACGGCCAAUCACAGUCAUUUCUGUUGAGCAUGUGAACACAAUGGCAAAUCAGCGCUGUUUAAGAGUGUUCAAAAGCACUCAAAUGUUAGCGUGAAAUUAACGUUUUUAAAAUCUCAGUAUUGAUAGAUACUGAAAUCCAGUAUUGUGACAACCCUAAUCCCUCUAAAAUAACCGAUUAAGGAAAUGUUUUUGUUUUGAUUUUUGCUUUAAAUGAAUUUUUGGUUUUAUUUAGCUUUGGUCGAAAUAGAAUUUAAUUUAACAAGUAACUUAGUGUCUACAGAAGUCUACACUUUCAUUCAUUGUCACUUUGCUUGGAUGCACUUAGACUGCCUUCAGUUAAAAAAAAAACAAGAUUUGUGUUGUCAUAGCUGCAUUAUUAAUACAGUCUCUCAAUACUGGAAAAGAUACCAUAAAAAAAAAACUGGAUAAUAAAACAAGAAGACAUG